AGGACUCCAUUCUUUCUGGGUUUUCAAAACCCGACCACAAUUCCCAUUUUUCCCAAGCUAAUUUCUUGACUGGUUCUUCCUGAAUUUCUGGAAAUUACAGCAAGAUGGUGGUGAAGAUGAUGAAGUGGAGGAGCCCAUGGCCGCCUCCUUUGCCUUCUUCCAAGAAAUUGGAGGCCAAGAUUGGGGUUCUCUGCAUCAAUGGUCUUCUUGGUGCUGAUCUGUCUUCUCAAGGAUUUGAUCGGGAUUUUGGGAGUCUGGGGGUUGAGAUCAGGUGGAAGGGGGCGGCGGCGGAGAAGGGGAAGAUGAUGAAGAGGCUGAGAAGGGGGGGCAUGAGGAGGGAUUUCACAAAGGAGGGCAUUUUCGUCAGUGGCUCUGGGGCUGUUGUGUGGGAUGAGCAGUUUAUGUGCGAAUGCAACUUCUCCCCUGCCAAAGAUGACAACUUUCUCCCUUGGGAUGUCUCUUUUUCCCUCUUCAAUGUGGUUUUGAGCAAGGGAAAUACGAAGAAGGCGUCUUCCCUCGCCACCGGAUCGUUAAAUCUUUCAGACUAUGUUAUAGCAGCUAAAGAAAAAGAUGUUCAGAUCAGCAUUCCACUUGCAAUGUCCCAUUCCCACAGUCCAAACACUCCCUUACUUUCACUUUGUUUGUCCCUUAGCCUUGCUGAGAUGCGAAACGAUGAUUCUCCUUCGAGGGUAGGCGUGGGAAAAGUGGGAAUCUUUAAGGCAUUUUCUCCUCGAAGAGGCAGUAAGAGUGAAGACGAGGGUAGUAAUGGAAAGAGUUCAAUCCAGAGUAGUGAGGAUACCGAAUGCAACUACGUAGAAGAUGCAGACUCAGAAGGAGAAGGGGGGAUGGAGGAAGGACAGGACGGCGAGGGCAAUUAUGAGAUUUUGGGUUGCGCGAAAUCUCAUUGCGUUCGCGAAAGUGAGGACGAUCGGGUUUACUACAGCCAUCCAAAACCAGAUGUUGGGUGCCCCGUUUACGUUGAGGACACAAACGAUACCAUGCUCGAUAAUAAAUCUAUCGAGCAGAGAUCCAAACGCGGGAUUCUUCUUCCUUGGGGGAAGAGGAAAUUCAGCUUCAGAUCUUCCCCUAAAAGGAAAGGCGAACCGUUAUUGAAGAAACACUAUGGAGAGGAAGGGGGUGAUGACAUCGACUUUGAUCGUCGACAGCUUAGCUCUUCGGACGAAUCCUCUUAUGGGUGGAGAUCUGAGGACAGUACAACCAGAAGUCGUUCAUCUGUGUCCGAAUUCGGAGAGGACAACUUUGAGGUGGGCAGCUGGGAGGUCAAAGAGGUAAUAAGCCGCGAUGGGGAAAUGAAGCUCAGGACUCAGAUGUUCUUUGCUUCAAUCGACCAACGCAGCGAGAGGGCAGCAGGGGAAGGCGCGUGUACCUCCCUGGUCGUCGCGGUCGCCAAUUGGUUCCAUUCCAACCCGAACCAGAUGCCCAUCAAGUCCCAGCUGGACACUCUGAUCCAUGAAGGCUCUAUGGAGUGGAGGAACAUGUGCGAGGACGAGACCUACCGGGAGCGUUUCCCAGACAAGCAUUUCGAUCUCGACACGGUCCUGCGCGCUGACGUCACCCAACCCCUCGCGGUGGUCCCACACAAGUCAUUCGUCGGGUUCUUCCUUCUAGAAGAACAAAAACAAGAAGAAGAAGAAGAAGAUGAAGACGAAGAAGGUGGGUUUGACGAAUUCCUGAGAGGGGCAAUGUCUUUCGUCAACAUUUGGGACGAGAUCUCCCAAGGGAGCGACGACGGGGUGUACAUUGUGAGUUGGAACGACCAUUUCUUCGUGCUCAAAGUUGAGAGAGACGCGUACUACAUUGUGGACACCCUGGGGGAGAGGCUUUACGAGGGGUGCGACCGAGCGUUUAUCCUCAAGUUCGACAAAGACACCAGCAUCGUGUCGCGUGGCGGGGAUAAAGAAGAAGAAAGGGUGUGGAGAGGUAAAGAGGCGUGCAAGGAGUACAUAAAGAGUUUUCUGGCAGGGAUUCCGGUAAGGGAACUGCAAGUGGAAGUGAAGACGAAGAAGACGAAGAAGGAGAAGCAGAAGAAGAAGAAGAGGAAGGAGGAGGAGGAGGAGGAGGAGGGUCACGUGAUGGGGUCUAUGAUGUCCCUUGUUCAUCAACGGCUUCAGAUCGAGUUCCAUUAUACCCAGCAACAUGUUCCUCAACUUGAUGAGGAUGAUCGUAACUUGAUCUUCAGACCUGUAAUAUUUCAAAGCGGUUACGAAAACAUUAUAAAGCACACCAACCAAACAGGGAAUAAACACUGCAUGGGAAGGCAAACCUGCAAACUAGUGGCGGUUGCAGCCGUGGCGGCGCUGCUGAUCUCCGCGGUGCACCGACCAUCGCACGGGGCGGAGCACAAGGUCGGAGACGAAACCGGAUGGACGAUACCGCCGUACGGCGACUUGUACAGCGACUGGUCGUCCUCCCGGACAUUCCGCGCGGGAGACACCCUUUUGUUCGACUUCGACCCCGGGUUUUACGACGUGAUGCAAGUCUCGAGAACAGAGUACGACGACUGCACGACGGACCAGCCGUUUGUUGCCUUCUCCGACGAGGCUCCGGUCGCCGUCCCGCUCAUGGAGUCCGGCGUCUUUUACUAUGUUUGUAGUGUGUUGAAUUAUUGUUCCUUGGGCCAGAAGCUUAACGUUUCCGUCGAACCAGCGGCCACGCCUUUGCCGCCGUCUCCUGUGCCCCUUCCGGCCAAUGGUUAAUGGAUUCGUUCGGUAUAAAUUGCCGUCGUCUAUCACAUGAUCAAACUCUACUCUUUGCUCAAUACUUAUUUAUUUCUUUAUUGACUUUCCAAAAAUAUUGGAUAAAUUAAUACUCCCUUCGUCCUUAAAUAUUUGUCACACUUUUAUUACUGAAGUAAAAUGUAGAUAAAUUA